GCGAACCUGGGAAAGGUCCCCCUGGUCACAGCCGACAGAUGAUGUUCUAAAGUCAGCUGCGGAUCCAGGAUUCAAUAAUCAUAACUGAAUGCAUGGCAAAAAUAAUAUCUAACAUUCCCGUUUUGCUUUCCAAAAUUUCCCCAAACCCCCAAAUUGUAUUCUAAUACAUUUUCCAUUCUUCUACACUGAACCCUCCCCCCCCUCACAGUUUUUCUCUGUCAUACUACCAUGCUUUCAAUUAUCAAUUAAAAAAAACUGCUUAGGAUUACUAGUAUAUAUGUUACUCUGAGUCAAAAAAGGGUUGGCAACACAAAACUUACACUCAGAUUAAUUUUAUGAUAUAUUGUGGGUUAAAACACUGAAGGCUAAAUGUGCCUGUCUGAAAAUUAUGGCAGCAUUGAAUAUGGAAUAAAUCAACAAUAGGAAAUUGAAAGGAAUGUGCAUGUAAUCACCAGAGAAUCAUAGUUCUUGCUAUGUGGUUCACACUUUUGAGAGCUGCAAUCAUUUAUUUUGCCUUAUUCCACAUGAAACUAGUUUGUACUCAACUAGCAUCAUUCUGGAGCAUUUUAAUCAGAAAAAUAUCUUCUCUGUCACUGUCUUCUACAGUGUCUUUUAUUUGAUAAUGAGAAUAAUGAAUCUAGAAUUCUAGCCUUAGAUGACUUCUACAAAUGAUCAGUAGCAAAUGCCUCAAAUCUAUGGUUGAUUUUUAUAUUGUGCCUUUAAUUUUUUAAAGUUCAGUAUCUGCAUUGUAACCUCUUACAUGGUUUAGUUUUCAGUUACUAGUUACAACUUUUCUACUUGUACCUACUCGGGUAGAAUAAUGCUAGUGGAGAUGCACCGCAUGGCUAAGGAAGGUAACAAUGCAUAAUGUGUAGUAAUGCAAACUAUUAUAACGUGCUGAUUAUGAUUUGUUAAGAUUAAUUGUAUGCAGUUUUCAGAAAGGCUCAUCAUGAAGGCAUUAUAAUUUUAUAGUCAAUACAACAAUCCAAUAAUCUUUAGCAACCAAGAUUGAAAAUUUAAGUCUGGAAAUAUUUCUGAAAUUGAUUUUUUGAAAAAACAUUUUAAAAAAAAGCAUCAUAGGCAAAUAUUACUCCUUUCUUUAGAAUACUAUAGAAAAGACGAAUCCUUGUCUUUCUAUUCAGGAAUUAUUGUUACACAGUAGUGAUAAAAUACAGUUAAAAUGCCUAUCAAUGGAUUGUUAUUAGCAAAUAUUAAUAUUCUACAUUUAAUUUUUUUAAAAAAAAAUCAUUGUCUAUUUUCAGGAUUUCUUUGGUGUCAGUAUGAUUGUCCCCUUGUUAAACCUUCAUGUGAAAUCUUUAGGAGUGAGUUCAACAAUUGCAGGAGUGGAUCUUUAUAUGGAAUACUCCAACUCUUUUCCAGUACUUUAGUGGGAUCUUGGAGCGAUCUAGUUGGAAGACCCCAUUGCCUACUUGUAUGCAUCCUCUUCAGUUCAUUAGGUUAUUUUGUGCUUAGCAUAUCCACCAAUGUGUUUUUAUUUGCCAUUGCUCGAACCUUUGUGGGUAUUUUCAAGCAUACACAUUCCGUUUCCAAAGUACUCAUUUCUGACAUGGUUCCUAAGAAGGAGCGCCUCUUAGUAAUUGGAUAUUUCAAUGCUAUUUCGAACUUUGGUUUCAUUUUGGGACCGGUUGUUGGAGGCUAUCUUACAGAGCUGGAAGGUGGCUUUUACCUCACUGCAUUCAUCUGUGCUUCCAUCUUUGUCUUGAAUGCUGUUGUUUUUUGGAUGUUGCUACGGUAUGCAAAAAAGAUGCACAGUCGUGAAUGGGCCAUUCUGAACAAAGCCAGAAGUUUCAUUCCAGAAGAAGUAAAGCACGGCCUUCAGACUGCAACUUCAGUUCACAAAACCAUCUCAUCUGCUCAGCCCAAGAACUCCUCUUGCAUUCAGGUUACCUCUGUGCUGAAGAGGCUUGGCAGUGUUGCAAAUUCUAAUCUCUGGGAUGUUUUUUUGGUACGGCUCCUGAUGUCUGUUGCGGUUAUGCUCUAUCAUAGCAAUUUUGUCUUGGGCCUUGAAGAAAGGUUUGGAAUGAAGCCCAAACUUACUGGCUACAUAAUUAGCUAUAGUAGCGCACUUGGAGUAGCUGCUGGCUUUCUCCUUGGACCUAUCACUAAAUAUUAUAGGCACAAUACUUUUGCUAUGUUAUUACACUCUACUCUUCUUACCUGCCUGUUUAUGUUUCUGUAUUCUGUAUCAGAAAGUCUUUGGACACUCAUUUUGUCUUGUACAUUUUUAGCAUUUUCAACCACUGUGGGACGUACAUGUAUUACAGAACUUGAACUAAUGCUGGGUGGGGAUCAGGCCAGUGGUAUGCUCAUUGGUGUUGGUCAGUCUGUUUCAGCUGUGGGUCGCAUAAUUUCCCCUAUUAUCUCGGGUGUUGUGCAGGAAUACAGUCCACGUGGCCCACCAAUUCUUGGAAGCCUGUUGGGGAUUUUAGCAGUUCUCAUCAUGGUCUUUAAUAGGUCACGAUAUUCUGUCAGAAGGACCAUGAAAUUUAAAAGUAUGUAAUGACUUAUUUACAGUGCUUUUCUAAGAAAAAAAAAAAGUCAAAAGAUUCUCGAACAGUCCUCAAUGUAGGAAAAAUAGACAAUUAUAAAACAGAGCAAUAACAUUUUAACUCAAAUUGAAAUAGUUUAAACAAAAAGGGGAACCCAUGUUUUCAGCUUCCUUGUGUUUACGUAGAAUUUGGACCAGGUUUUGAUGGCAUGCAACACCAUAUUUCAAACCUUUUAUUAAAUGUCGCUUUAAACAUCAGUGAAGAAAAUGGAACAAGAAUUGCCAUUCCAGCAGAUAUUCACUCUCACUGAAUAAAGGCUUUGAAGAGGUGUAAUUUGCUUAAUGGAAAGUUGGUUGUUGAGUUGAAUCCCCAAAGGAUGACCUUGCAUUAAAAAAUAGCAUUCAUUUCUCAAUCAGAAACAGAUUCUGCUCAAAUUCUUCUAAAAUGAGUAUUGAAACUGAAAACUAUUUUUGCUCAUUCAGUAAUCAAAAUUUCACCAAGUGAAUCGAGUACAUAUUUAAGUCGUCACAGUUCUGUUCGCAUACAGUCUCCUUUUCUUCAUAUCAAAGAUCAGCUGCUUCAAAUGAAACGUUUGUUUAAUCAAGUCCCUCGCAGUUUGAAUACAAGCUGCUAUUUAUUUAAUACAAAUUUGACAUUAACAAAGCCUUGCAAAAGUGUUCACUACCGAACACAACUUACCAACUUCAUGUUAUAGCCUUCAAUAUAACAACUAAUCUAAAGGCACAGCUUGCAUUCAGUGUAGUAGGUCAAAAUAAUACAACCCUGUUUUAGUAUUUGGAGGAGAAGAGUAUGAUUUUUCAUCAGGAAAUGUUACACUUACUAAAGAAUUUCUUUCACAUUCAAACAUGUAUUAACAGUAUGUUUAGAUCUAUUUAGCAGAUUAAAAGAAAAUAAGAAAAAAGGGAAAUAUACAUUAUGCUUACCAUUAAAUUCUGAUUUUCUAUCAUCAGCCUUACUCUUUGAAGUGUUUUUCAACUUUUGCAUUGAACAAAAGUUCAUCCCUGUGUUUUUCACAUUUUAAAGUGUGUAGGUUUCUAUUCCAAGAAUUACUCAGCAGGUUGAGAAACACUAUUUUAGAACAACAGAAGAGGGACAUGUGCCUAAAUUUUAAGUAAAGAAGUGCUAAGAGGAUACAAAAUAGUGCUUACCCUUUCUAAAUAUAGCCCUGCAAGAGAAAGACUUGGAUAUUUGCUCUUAAUGUAAGCUAGAGCUUGUCUUUCUAUAUUAUAGGACUAACAGCAAGAUUAUUUUCUUAUACAGAUUAGAAGUAAAUCUUACAAGUUAGGUAAGAUUAAUUCCCAGCAAACUCUACAUCCGUUGACAAAGUUAAAAUUUGCUCACAACCCAAAUAAUACUCAACCAACUUUCUUGCGAAAUUCAACCCAGAAAUCUUGAGUUGGUUACUUAAUAUGUAGCAAAAAUAUUUGGAAAAUAUUUAACAUACUUUUGGAAUACUUGAAAGACUCUAAGAAGUUAUACUCAGGGAUUUUGUGCUGUGGUACUAUUUGAGAUGGUUUCGAAUUGCUUUCUGCAGAUGUUUGGUUUUAAAAUUGCACUACAACAUUGGUAAUGGGAAAUAAAAGGAAAAAGGAAACCUU